AUGGAGAACUGCACAGCUGUCACUGAGUUUAUCCUGCUAGGACUCUUGGAUGUCUGUGAACUGCAGAUGCUCAUCUUCCUAGGGUUCCUCCUAACUUAUCUCCUCACACUGCUGGGGAAUUUCCUCAUCACUGUCAUCACCCUCAUGGACAGGUGCCUCCACACCCCCAUGUACUACUUCCUCUGAAACUUUGCUGCCCUAGAGAUGUGUUUCACAUCUAUCAUCUUCCCCAAGAUGCUAACCAACAUCAUCACAGGAAACAAGACCAUCUCCUUACCGGCUUGUUUUCUCCAAGCAUUCCUGUAUUUCUUCCUGGGUACCACAGAGUUCUUCCUACUGGCAGUGAUUUCCUUUGACAGGUGCAUGGCCAUAUGUAACCCUCUGCGUUAUACCACCAUUAUGAGCAAAAGAGUCUGUGUCCAGCUAAUGAUCAGCUCAUGGAUAUCAGGAUUACUUCUCAUCCUUAUUCCAAGUUCCAUUAUGUUUCAGCAGCCAUUCUGUGGCCCCAAUAUUAUAAACCAUUUCUUCUGUGACAACUGUCCACUCCUGGAACUCAUAUGUGCAGAUAAUCUGACAGACUCUCUGGGUUUUGUUAUUGCCAACUUCAGUCUCCUGGGCACUCUGGCUAUGACUUCCACCUGCUAUGGACACAUCCUCUAUACCAUACUACAUAUCCCCUCAAUCAAGGAAAGGAAGAAAGCCUUCUCAACCUGCUCCUCCCACAUCACUGUGGUGUCUCUCUUCUAUGGUAGCUAUAUUUUCAUGUAUGUCUGGUCUGGCAAGAAUGGACAGGGGGCAGACCACAACAAGGUGGUGGCAUUGCUCAACACUGUGGUGGCACCAACACUCAACCCCUUCAUCUACGCCCUGAGGAAUACGCAGGUCAAGCAGGUAUUUAGGGAGCAGUUGAACAAGCUCCAAAAGUUGAGUCAGAUGUGA